AUGCUCACCUCCGGCCUCACAAAUGCGCCCCUCACCAAAUCCCUCCUCAUCUACACCAUCGCUUCAUCGGUCGCCCUCUCCCUCUUCGACAUAAAACACCUCGUCGUGAUCCAUGUAUCACCUCAUUUCUGGCCCUAUGCCCAGUUCUGGCGUGCAUUGAUAUGGCAGGUCGUCGGUUUCACCAAUUCCACCGAAGCCCUCUUCGCCGCGAUGCUAGUCUACCAUCUACGGGUUGUUGAACGCGCGUGGGGGAAGCGGAAGAUCGCGACCUUCCUGCUCACCACACUACCAUACACGACUCUCCUCCCACCAAUUCUCCUCGCCCUCCUAAUCCGCCCUCUAUCCCUAAAUAAAAUCAAUUACCUCCCCUCCGGCCCAACAGCAACGAUCUUCGCCCUGUUGGCGCAGUACUACGCCACUAUCCCACACACAUACCGCUACCGCAUCGGGUCCACAUCCUCCCCCGCCACAACAAACACCCCCAAUAAUGAACCCUCUUCCGCCGACAAUACCACACAGGCAUCCCAACCCAAACCCCCAACACCAAGUCUAUCCCUCCUCCUCUCUGACAAGUCAACCACCUACAUCGUCGCUGCCCAGCUAGCCCUCUCCCAGUUCCCCGCAAUGCUCCUCCCAUCAGCCCUGGGCUGGAUCGUGGGUGUAGCAUGGCGCGCGGAGCUGUUACCGGGUCUAUCGCCGGUUAGCACCGGGUUCCGGGUUCCGGCUUGGUUGGUUGGCGAGCAAGAGCGGAGGGGUGGCUCUGGGUCUGGGUCUGGUGGUGCGGAGGGAGAGAGGUAUGAGGAUCUCCGACGGAGGUUGGAGGGUGAAGUUGCUGCUUCGGCUUCGGGGUUGGAGGGGUCUGGUGUGCAGGCUCAGAGGCGCGCGAAUAGUGCUGCUGAGGGUAGUGGGUUUGUUAAUCGAUUGACGCGCGAUUGGUAG